UGCCAUCUCUCCCUGGCCUGGUGACGCCGGUGACUGCUGAAGACAGAGGGCUGGACCAGCGCUGGUGAGGUCGAGCUGAGAGCUGCUGGUACCAGCAGAGCGGCGUUUCACCUACAGAUGAGAUCAGCGCCGGCGACUCCGCGUUUACAGUAGCCGUACCUUUGAGGCAGCGCUGUACCGACCUGUACCGACCUGUACCGUACCGUACGGGGAUCUUUCUUCCUGUGGAGUACCAGACCAGAGCAGCAGAUGUUCCCGGUCAGGCAGCCUUGGCUUUGCAAAGCCCUAGGUUGUUAUGAUUGCUGUAUCCGCUGCAUCGGGGCAGUGCCCUACCCCUCCCUGGUGGCCACCCUGCUGUGCUACGCAGGCAUGGCGAUGUUCUGUGGCUGCGGGCACGAAGCCCUGGCUCAGACCGGAGUGCUGGUCGAGACCUACUUCGCCCGCAACGUCCAGGACUACGAGGUCAUGGCCUCCUUCAUCAAGUAUUUCCAGUACGUCAUCUACGGCCUGGCCUCGUUCUUCUUCCUCUUUGGUAUCCUGCUGCUGGCCGAGGGUUUCUACACCACCAGCGCCGUCAAGCAGAGCUUCGGUGAAUUCAGGAGCACUCAGUGUGGACGCUGCCUCAGCCUGACGUUCAUCAUCGUGACAUACAUCCUGGCCUUCAUCUGGCUGGCAGUGUUUGCCUUGGCCGCCAUCCCCGUCUUCUUCCUGUUCAACAUGGAGCAGACCUGCCACAACAUCAACCUCCUGGUGGAGACCACCCCCAGCAUUAAUCAGCACAGCUGGAUUUGCAUGGACGCCAGGCAGUACGGUCUGCUGCCUUGGAACGCGCUGCCAGGGAAAGCUUGUGGAACGUACUUGGCGUCUAUUUGCAAAACCAGCGAAUUCUACGUGACCUACGACCUGUACAUCGCUGCGUUUGCUGGUGCGGGGAUCACUCUGUUGGCACUGUUUCUCUAUCUGUUCGCCACCACCUACAACUACGCAGUCCUGCGGUUUCUGGGCAGGAAAGGUGUCCGCUAGGAGCAGCCACUCCACUGCAGCUGACGCCCUCUUCUGGCCGUGAGGUGCACAGCCAUCAGCACAUUUCCACCUGUGGGUCUGCGUUGAUGCCACCUGCAGACCUGGACCUCCUGCUAGUGUUUCCUCCUCCUCCUCCUGCUCCUCCUCUUCCUCUUUCACGGUCUUGUUUUCUUUGGUACGAGCAGCAGACACAGAGAUGAAG